UAUUUUAAUAUGGAACAGUAGUUGUUAUUCAACUUUUCUUCCAUAUUUGUGUAUAAAUCUGCGCUGGUAUAAUCACAAGUGUAAAAUUUUUUAUUUAGGAUAAAGUUUUAAUACAAGAUAAACACAUUACUUUUAAAUAGAGUAUAAAUCUAUACAAAAAUGUUGAAAGUUUUUGACAUCUGAUCAUAGAUAGUUAUUAGACGUAUCGAAAUAGUAAUCGGAGAGGAACAAAUGGAUCAUUAUAAAAUGUUAACAUCAGAUAGAUUUGAAAUUAAUUUUUCAUUCAUACAGAAAUCUAAGAAUGACUGGAUUAUGGAAUCAUCCUGAAAACUGGUACCAAAUUUAUAUCUUGACAUAUGUGUUCGAUUUAAUUGACCAAUUACAAGGUAAAGAAUUUUCAGGCAUAAGAUAUGUCAGGCAUAGUUAAUUUAAACUUGAUAAAUGAGUAUGUAAAUAUAGUAAUAAAUGAUAUUGCUUAUUGGUGGUCGUGGUAUAUGACAGAAAUAUCACAUCAGUUUUUAAUAUCCAUAAUCGCUUAUAUUUGUACAUGUGUCUUCCUUUAUAUUAUUUUGAAGCGAGUGAAUCAACAAGCUUGGCAAUUGCCUGGACCACCAUCCAGGUUACUUGUAGUAACAGCCCAUCCAGAUGAUGAAGUCAUGUUCUUUGGGCCAAUGAUUUAUUCGAUGUCACGUACAUAUUCUAGUCAGAUUUACCUUCUGUGUUUAACAAUGGGUGGAAAUAAGCAAAGAAAGGAAGAACUUUGGGGGUGUGCAAAAGAAUUGGGUAUACCUGAAGCAAACGUUACUAUCAUAAUGUGUACAGAUUUACCUGAUAAUCCAAAAGUACAAUGGCCAGAAGAAAUAGUGGCUACGAGUGUCCUACAACAUAUAGAAAGCCACAAAAUUAAUGCUGUGGUUACCUUUGAUAAGCACGGAGUUAGUAGACAUAAAAAUCACAUUUCUCUUUUCUAUGCAAUCGCUUCAUUAUGUAUAGAAAAGAAAGUUCCUUCUUAUUGUAAAUUGUAUGCACUCGAAUCUGUAAAUAUAUUGCGAAAAUAUACACAACUUUUGGAUUUACCGAUCAGUCUACUAACAUCUUCGUAUUGGUAUUUGAUUACGUACCAACAGCGACAUUAUAUUCGAAAUGCAAUGAAGAUACACAAAUCACAAUAUGUAUGGUACCGAAAAUUAUAUAUGAUGUUUUCUCGAUAUACUUUAAUUAAUACUCUUCAAGAAAUUAAUAUACUUGAUCUUGAAUUAGAUCUAGAAUUGGAACAAGAUGAUUAAAGCUAUACAGUUAUGUUGAACAAGUCAUAUUGUAAAUAAUUAAUCUUUCUUUA